AUGAUCGAAACAUGGAAUCGAGACAUUAGCUACGAGUUUUUACUAUACAAAAUCAUCAUGUGGCCUCUUGGCUUAUGGCCACUUAACAGAGGCCGAAUUUUCUCGGACAUUCGGCUCGUCAUUGCUGCACUCACUCAGGCGGCCACCUCAAUUUGUCUGACAAGUGAGAUAUUAUCAAAUUGCAAUGGAUUUGAGAACGCGCUGGAUUUGCUAGUGCUCGAUAUAUUCGCCAGUUUGGCAUGUGCGAAAGGGAUUAUCGUGAGGAUUCAUCAAGCAGACAUUUGCAGCAACGUUAUUUCUGCAUUCAAGGAUUGGUGCGGUUCAGCAAUAAUCGAAAACACGAAAUAUCGCGAAAUCAUGUUAAAGCACGCUCGAAUUGGAAGAAUCGUGUGUUAUUCCUUGAUGGGGCCAGCGUCCGGGGGGACAUUGUCGUGGAUUAUAUUUGCACUGCCCUUACCGAUGUUCACUUACGGUACAAACGGCACCGAGGUCAUGAGGAACUUUCCCCUUCAAACUGCCUGUACCCUCGAAAGCGUAACGAACAAUUUUAUCCUCUAUUGGGGCAUAUUCGCCCUUCAAGUAGUCCAACUCGUUGCCACCUGUUUGGGCAAUUGUGGCAACGACGUUUUUUUCUUUGGCAUUGCAAUGCACGUUUGUGGACAAUUCGAAAUAUUGAGAAUGCAAAUUUCCACAAUCGCUGUGGACAAUAAUACGGACGAAACGGUUACUCGAAAACGUCUUGUCGACCUUGCUGAACGGCAUUCUCAUCUGGUCGAUCUCGUCGAUAAAUUGGAGAACACUUUUCAUCUCAUUAUCCUUGCUCAACUCCUAAUGAGUGCUCUUCUCAUUUGCAUCAUGGGUGUCCAAGUCAUAAUAGCUCUGAAAACUGAUGAUGCGUUCACCGGAAUAAAAGCAAGUAUAGUGUUAUCAUCGUUGAUGUCACAACUGUUUCUCUACAGUUAUGGAGGUGAUUACUUGACGUCUCAAAACGAAAAACUGGGAUACGCCGUUUACGAAAAUUCGUGGUUCAACUUGACUCCAAAAACUGUGAAGGAUCUUAUUUUCAUGAUGAUGCGAGCUGGUAAACCGAUUCGGGUAACAGCUGGCAAGUUCUUCAUCAUGACGCUCGGAACGUUCAUGGACAUUCUGAAAAUUUCUGUUUCCUACAUGUCUUUCUUGAGAGUUAUGAUUGACGUUUAAAGACCUGCUGACACAAAUUUGUAUUACUGAAAACGACUAUUACUCUUUCCAUUGUUGGUGAACAUACAUUUCUUAAAAUCAUAUUGAUUCAUUUAUUCGUCAAUGAAACUCACAAAAACUUCGCCAGGUUGAUACUCUAUUUACCAUUCUUCGUUUCUGAAUAUUGUCUUUAAAUCCAGAGCUAUCUGACUGUGUUCCUUAUUCUUGAAACGAAAAUACUUCAAAAGAUUU